AUGAAGGUGGCCUACUUUUUGUCCGUUCUGGACUUGCUCAUUAUUUUCAGCUUAUACUUCGAUGGGAGGCGUAGCGCCUUCGCGGGCAUUGCUGCCUGUAUAAGACAUGGCCGCAUUUUGGGUGAAGGGGGGGAGCAGAGCGGCGGUGCGAGCGGUGGAUCAAGCGGUGGUUCAAGCGGUGAUUCAAGCGGCGGUUUAAGCGGCGGUUCAAGUGGCGGUCCCAGCCCCCCCGCGGGGAGCAGCGGCAGUGGGGGAAGCGACCCAGCGAACUCAGCGACGGGCCCGCAGAAUAGCACUCCAGGUAGCGGAGGCCAAACGGGUGACCACAGUGCAGAGGCAGAAAAUGGAGAUUACAACGAGCAGGGUGACGAUCACGGGGACGAUCACGGGGACGAUCACGGGGACGAUCACGGGGACGAUCACGGGGACGAUCACGGGGACGAUCACGGGGACGAUCACGGGGACGAUCACGGGGACGAGCAGGACGGUGAAGAUUACGACGAUGCAGAGGAUGAUGAUUUGUACGAAUUGAGCGAAGUUGACGAAAAUGCAAACUUAUGUUUGGACAACAAUGGGGGAUGUGGAGAUGAUAAAAUUUGUGAAAAUUUAGGGAAGGGGAUAGUGAAGUGCUUGUGUAAACCGGGGUAUAAAUUGGUUGGCACCGAAUGUGUGGAGUCAUCCAAAUCGUCUUCCUUAAAUUCGUUUUUUUGUUGGUUUCUGCUGGUGAUUAUUGUUUUGGCUUCCAUAAAUUAG